AUGUCAUCAAAUAUAGAGGAUUUAAUGAAUAAAAAGGCAUAGGAAAUUAAAUUAGAAGAAAAUAAAUAAAUAAAGCCAAAGAUCCAUUAUAAAAGUUUUAUAGCUGGAGCGAUGCUUACAUUUAUAGCACAACCUUUUGAAGUAUUGCGUACAUCUAGCGUUUUUUUGAAUCAUUGGGGAACGAAACCUUCUGAGAUUUUAAAUCUAUCUAAAUUUAUAUAUCAGAAAGAAGGUGUAAGGGGAUUUUUUAGAGGAGGAACUAUAGCAGCUGUAAAAAGCUCAUUAGGAUUUGGAGUAUUUUUUAAUGGUAUUCAAAAUAUCCCUUAUAUACUUAAAACUUAAACAAAAAGCCCAGAACAUUAUAUUUAUAACUAAAUUGUCAACUUUAUAAAUGGCUCGAGUGCUAUGUUUUUUACAACUAUGGCUUCCACUCCCUUAACAGUAUUGAAGACUCGUUUUGAGGUUGUAGGGUAAUAAGAAUACACUUCUGUUAUAUAAACUACAAAAAAAAUAUACGCUGAAGAAGGCUUAAGAGGUUUUUAUAAAGGAAUAAUUCCAACAUUAAUGAGAGAUCUACCCUGGAGUGGAGCAUAAUAUUCAAUAUAUCAAUCAUUAAUUAGUAUGUACGAAUAUUUCCUAUAAAAGCCAGCGAAUGAAAAUAAUUUAUUUAUAUUUUUAUCAGGAGCACUCUCUGCAAGUGCUUCUAUUAUGAUUUUCUAUCCAUUUGAUAAUAUUAGAGUGAGAUAUUAAGGAGUAAGGCAAUAAAAUACUCCGCUUUUGAAGUUAGCAUAUCAUAUUUAUUAAGUUGAGGGCUUUAAAGGCUUUUACAGAGGCUAUUUACCUCGUCUUUUAAAGAAAGGUGCUUAGGGUGCUAUUGCUUGGACUAUAUAUGAGUAUUUAAAGAAGGAUUAGAAAAAAAAAGAAGCUAUCAAUUGA